GUGAUCGGCGUCGCGUAGUGUGCAACGACCUUCCGCCACGCGCAAUACACGCACAGAGCGGACGGGAACGCUCGAAACUAAAGCGUCACGAAAAGCGACAAGGCGAGACAAGGCGAUACGCGACCUAACGAAAGUGUGUGCGGUGUAGAAUCGUGCGUAUUAUUCACCCCGAAUGAUCACUUCAUCAGUCGGCCAGUCAGUCAGCAAGUCAGUCGAAUCGCGCUCGAUGUCGUAGGAAAACUCCUCGAUUCCUCGAUCGUCGAUCCGCUCCGCCAGUCGAAUAAAAAGUCUCGUUUCGAGACGGUGCGAUCUCGUCCGCGUCUCGCGACAAUCGCAUCCGCGCGAGCGCGGGGAAGUGUGAGAACGCACGAAACGGACCCGACAGAAUGGUCAUUAAAUUCACCAGGAGACAAUGGCUCACCCUCAUCGUCAUCAGCAUCGCCGACUUCAUGAACGCCAUCUGCGUGUCGCUGCAAGCGCCGUUCUAUCCUCAGGAGGCGGAGAAGAAAGGCGCGUCACCGUCAGAAUAUGGCCUAGUCUUCGGAAUCUUCGAGUUGGUGGUCUUCAUCAUCAGCCCACUCUACGGACAACAGCUCAAUCGAAUCGGCCCGAAGAUAUUAUUCAACGGCGGUAUCUUGACCACGGCAACAUGCGCCAUAUUUUUCGGCCUAUUAGAUAAAGUCAACGGCCACUAUCCCUUCAUAAUUCUGUCUUUCGUAAUAAGGAUCGUAGAGGCGAUGGGAAACGGCGCAUUCUUGACGGCUAGCUUCGCCAUUAUCGCUAUGGAAUUUCCUGACAAUGUCGCUACGACAUUCGCCAGCUUGGAAACUUUCUUCGGUUUGGGACUUAUCGUAGGUCCUACCGUGGGUGGUGCACUCUAUCAGGUCGGUGGAUACACGACUCCGUUCGUGGUACUCGGAUCGGCGUUGUUCCUGGCAGCUGUCAUGACCGCAUUCGUUCUACCAGUUCAUAACGACCGCGAACAAGAUGCCCACAGCUCCGGAGGAGUAGGAAAACUUCUCAAAAUCCCCGGUGUGUUGAUUGCAUCCAUGUCAAUAAUCGCGACGAGCGUGAGCAUCGGAUUCCUACAAGCGACCUUAGAGCCGCACUUGAGACAAUUCAACUUGAGCCCAGUUGUGCUGGGGUUGAUGUUCGUCAUUAACGGCGGCACGUACGCGUUAGCCGCGCCAGUGUGGGGUUGGCUUUGCGACAAGUAUUCACAUCCUAAGGUGGCAACCGUCGCUGGGUGCAUCCUGGUGAUGAUCGGUUUCUCUUUGAUCGGCCCGGCACCAUUCAUUCCAUUACCUACUAUAAUCUGGAUAAGUAUUUGCGGGCUUGUGAUACACGGUUUAGGCAUGGCAGCGCAACUGGUUGCCAGCUUCACCGAUGCCCUGAGGACAUCUGUAUCAUAUGGUUUCCCGAACAAUAUCGAAACUUAUGGUCUGGUCAGUGGAUUGUGGACAAGUACUUUUGCCUUGGGAGCCUUCAUCGGUCCAAGCGUCGCUGGAAUUCUGCUGGACAAUAUUGGCUUCAGAAACGGCACUAUGUUCAUUAUAUUGCUUCACAUGCUAGUGGCCGUGAUAGCUGGGCUGUAUCUGAGCUGCUCCCGCAAGCCCAAGCCGUACACCGAGGUCGGCGCUGAUGAGGAUCCCAGGACACCAUUGACUGACAGUGGCCGCUCGAGGAGCGGUAGUUCGCGUCAUGGCGGACGGGGCCAAGGUGUGCCGAUCGACAGACCCGGCGGCAUGAAUUCCCUGUUCGCGUGCAACAGCUAUUCGAACAGGGCCGGAGCGUGGUCUAGGGCAUCAUACAGUGGCCGUUAUUCGCACAGCUACGGAUCCAUAGAGGCCAAACGAUAUUUGGAGAUGACAACGUGAUGACGCCGGACCGAUCAGGCCUUCAUACACCCGUACAUCGUAACAAACGCCAAUCCGACAAGAAAACGGAACCGAGGAUCUCGUGCGAAGUCCGCACACAGGACUUCGACUUCUUCCGUUCUCACCGAUCCCUCGCCAAUAAUGACAACUACUGUCCACACAUGGUUUCGAUUCUCGCGCGCAAGAGAGAGAGGAGGGAAAAGAGACUGCUCUUUCUCGGACGGUUUCUUUAACGGUCGCCGAAAAUUACUGGACUGCUAUUCGGGUACUUUAGUGAACGACGAGUCGAAUAAUCGACCAAUUGUAGACUAGAAUUAAUAGUUAGAAUUGAUGUGUGUACAGACAUGUGUGUAACAUGUAACUGGUCCCAUAUUUGCAACGUGAGAUUUUUAAUAGCAAAUAGAUCUAAGGUAGAAUCAGUUGCGCGCGCGCGCAACACUUGCUGUCAACGAGUCGAAAUUUGGAACUUGCGAAAUCGCAUGCGAACGCAAUCACGCACUUAAGAGAGUCGGAAAUCAGGGCCUCGGCAGAAUGACUGACUCGUGCAUAUUCGAUCUACCUAAAUUAUCAUUUUCUUAUAUUUUCGUUUAAUUAUACAGUGGUUUGUCAUUAAUCACACAAACAGAACGGCUUUUUAACUUAAAAUCAUUAGAAUGAACUUCAGACACAGAAUAAUCUCGAACUAAGUCAGGACCUUGACAGAAUGGCUGACUUGUAAUUUUCAAACGAUGUUCUAUUCUAAAUCUUACCCAUAUUCUAAAUCUAUGCCAAAAUUAUUAUAUAUCACUUUUCUUUUUAUUGCGCAAAGGUUUGUCAUUGGUAGCAAACGGGAUGAUUUUUUUAAAUUUAAGACUAGGCACGAGACAGUCAUUGUGCGUUACUUAGGGCAACGGCCUAAAACGUCGUCCUGAACUGACAGGCCGGCCAUUCUGCUGAGACUCGAACCGACAUCUCGGUGGAACGCUAAAGAGGAAGCGGCGAGCAAAAUGAAUGCCGCGUCGAUACGUAAAACGCGCCACAAGCAGUAUUCACCGAGUGUAUUAUCGGCGAUCGGUGAUUAUCGCGAUUUACUCAGCAAACUCGUCCCUGCGCCCGUUUUCUUCUUUGCUUAAGCGUUCGACUCGCAAUUUCCAUCCAACUGACUGGACCGUUAUUACUACGACAGUAGCGGUGCCCUCGAGAGGAAAUAGAAUUGUAUCGCUUGCGAAGGCCGCAAGUGUUACAUGCUGCACGCGUUUGUAACCGGUGACUGUAACGCUGUCGGGUUUAAUAUUGACACACUUUUCUUCGAACUUUUACUCUUCGCUCGUACUUCACACGUAGAUUGCCGAUUGACCGAGAACCGAUACGUCCAACAACAAUCGGGGAACAACCUCGACGUUCUUAGCGUUCGCGUCUCUCGAGCAACUCGCGCGAAAUCGACGAAGAUCGUUGAUUCCGUAACGGUGCAGGAAAUAGCAUAACUAUCUUGCCCCGAUACUAGGUAUUUAAUAAGGCACGAUCAAUACCAUAUGCUUUGUCGCGGAUUCAAAGUGGGUACCGAGAAAGUGCGGGAAAACGCGGCCGGCUGAUAGUUAAUUAAUGGAGGCCCGCAUUUGCGCAACGGCGUAAUUGCGUAAUUCUAGAUUCGAGGCGGAAAGAACGGCAAACUUUGUGGGUGUUGUAAUGACACGCUAUAAAGCGAUAUCAAGCGACACAAAUUGUGCAAAUGAUUCUCGCGAGUCUGAUGAUUGUUGCUAAUCAUUCCCACUGUAUUGCGUGGAAGGGGAAAUCGGGAGAGAACGUCAAAAACGACCCAAACGAAACUGUACAUACGUUUUUAGUCACUGUUGUUGCCAUUUUGUCGCUCGCUAAUUGUUACUCGCGCGUUGUGUUUGUUUCUGCAAUAUUGAAUAGCAAUAAAGAUGUUCUUAUUUAAA